CAUACAAAACAAAGACAAACAAACAACCUCAGUCUCUCUUCAACUUUUUCUAUUUAAUAUCUCUCUCUCUCCCCCUCCAAACGGAAGCCCAGGGUUUUUUCUUUUCUUCUCAAUUCUCAUCGUCCAAACACACCAACCCAAAAUCGCCAUUCUCAAAUGCUUUCUCCUUUCUCUCCUCCCCCUCCAAUAAUUCCACUCCUAAACACCCCAAUAUUUUAAUUCAUCUUCCUCUUCCUCUAAUUUGACUUCCCAAACCCCCAAUCAUUUAUCUCUCUAUCUCCUUAAUCUAAUCAUAUAUAUAUAUAUAUAUAUAUAUGCAGCCUUGUAGCAAAGAAAUGCAAGAUAUGAACUCUCUCUUAAACUCUUCACCUUCCUCCCAACUCUCUCUCCAAGACCACCACCUUCAACUUCAACCUCAACAACAAUCUCACUCUCACUCCCAUUCUCAUUCAAGGCCACACCUCCAUAACUCUCACUCUCAGAUGCAUCCUCAAAUUACUUCCCCCUCCCCCGCUCACUUCGACUCCGCUUCCCACGACGACUUCCUCGAGCAAAUGCUCUCCACCCUCGGCCCCUCGUCCUGCUCCUGGGCCGACGACACGCCGCCCUCCAACUCCGACAAUGUCGUCUUCACUUACGAUGACUCCGCCAACCUCGCCACCAAGUUCCGCAGCCAGCAGAUCAGCGCCGGAGCCGGUGCCUCCAAAUCCGCUUCCGCCUCCGCCGCUGCUGCCGCCGCCAUGAUGCUCCAGCACCAGCUCAUGAUGUCCAGAUCAACGUCCGCCGACUCUGGCUUCGUUCCCAUGGCCUUGUCUUUGGGCAACGGAGACUUUGACCGCUCCAACAACGACGUCGUCGAGGGUUCCUCCUCCUUUAAAUCUCCCAAUCCUGUGGGAGGUGAGGGGGCUUCUUCUGUUCAAGCCCUGUUCAAUGGGUUCUCUGGAUCACUGCAUGGGGGGGCUACUACUCAGUCUCCCAAUCAGCAUUUUCACCAACCUCAGGGAGGCUCGCUGCAGGCACAGAACUAUGGAGGUCCAGGGGCGGCGAUGAACCAAGGUCCGGCGAGUGGCUCUGGUGGGGGCGGGGGUGCACCCGCACAACCCAGACCCAGAGUCAGGGCGAGGAGAGGCCAAGCCACUGACCCACACAGCAUCGCUGAAAGAUUACGGAGAGAGAGAAUCGCAGAGAGAAUGAAGGCUCUGCAGGAGCUGGUUCCCAAUGCCAACAAGACAGACAAAGCUUCAAUGCUGGAUGAGAUCAUCGAUUAUGUCAAAUUCCUCCAGCUCCAAGUCAAGGUUCUGAGCAUGAGCAGGUUGGGCGGUGCAGCUGCUGUUGCUCCUCUUGUUGCUGAUGUGUCCUCUGAGGGAGGCGGUGACUGUAUCCAGGCCAGUGCCAAUGGCGGGACCCGCGGCCGGAGUUCUAACGGCAACCAAACGGCCUCCUCAUCUAACGACAACAGCAUGACGGUCACGGAGCACCAAGUUGCCAAGCUCAUGGAGGAAGACAUGGGAUCCGCCAUGCAGUACCUCCAGGGCAAGGGUCUAUGCCUCAUGCCCAUUUCCUUGGCAACCGCCAUCUCCACUGCCACGUGUCACACCAGGAACCCCCUCAUCCACAACAACCACAACAACAGUAAUGCGGUCAUGGCAUCCAACGGUGGCGAAGGGCCCUCCUCUCCCAGCAUGUCCGUGUUGACCGUCCAGUCAGCCACGAUGGGUAACGGUGGGGUCGACGGUUCCGUUAAAGACGCGACCUCCGUCUCCAAGCCCUGAAUGACGAGCGACGUGGUCAAGUGUUGUCGACUGAGAGCGACCGACCCUAUUGGCUUUAGUUUUUACUUUUUUAGGCGACAAAUGAACACACGUAGUGACGUGGGACUCUCCACCAAGGCCGUGUAGUCUAAAGUCUACGAAAAUAAGGCCUCCACGACGACGCCGUAUUUGCGAAGACUUUGGGUAAAGCUAACUCACACGGUGACACCAGCAGAUGAUGAUCCCGGAAAAAUCCUUUUCUUUUGGUAAAAGAGGUUUUAUUUGGGGGUUUCUCUAUUUUAAUUUUAGUUUAAUAUUCUCUUGUUGGUUUUUCAUGGUAUUUUAAUUUGUUUUAUAUUUUGCAAGUUGGUGGGCUGGCUGCCAGUGGCCGAGUGCCGCUGAUUGUACUACUACUACUACUACUACUACUAAUGCGAGCAUGUUUAUCUUGAAAAUCACAAUCAUGUUAUUAUGAAAUGAUUACAAUUUUAAUAACAAUGAGGGAAUUAUUAAGGAUAAAAAA